AUGUACCGCAGUGUUUUACGGCUACCGUCUCGCGGUCUGACACGAUGCUGGACUUCUCCCUCGGUCUCGUCUUUCCAAUAUUCUUCAUUUUCGAGUCCACUCAGAUCUCCUAGCCUCUCGGGUUCCGGACAAACCUGUAGCUUUGCCAGUUCAACCGCCUUGUAUAAAAAGAAAGACAAGGGAAAGAAAUCUUCUGCUCCAGAAGAGUCGGAUCCAAGCCCAGUUGCAAUAGAGGACCCAUUUGACUUGUCUCAACUUGACUCUGGUAUCUCUGGUGCUGUUUCCCGCCUGAAAGAUGACCUGUCGAAGCUCCGCGCAGGAGGUCGAUUCAAUACCACCUCAAUUGAAGCUUUAAAGGUCCAGGUGGGUAAGGAAAGCCAGGACUCGUUUAGAUUAAGUGAUCUGGCGCAGGUUCUACCUAAGGGUGGCCGGAUGGUGACUAUUUUAGUGUCCGAAGAAGAGCUUGUCAAGCCAGUCAAAUCAGCCAUUGUCUCGUCGAAUCUAUCCUUAACGCCUCAGCCCGAUCCACAUAACGCACUCCAGCUUAAUAUACCAAUCCCGCCACCAACGAAGGAGUCCCGAGCCCAAAGCGUUCAAGUCGCCAAGCAAGCUUUUGAGAAGGCGGCCAGCACCGUCCGUGAUUCUAGAGGGGCAAUGCAUAAGCGUCUACAAGAAAUGCAGAAGAAGAAAUUGGCACGACCAGAUGAUGUUCGCAAAGCCCAUGACCAGAUGGAGAAAACUACCGACAAAGGGCAGAAAGAAGUCAAGGACCUCUUUGAUGCAGCUAAAAAGACCUUGGAGCAGGCAUAA